AUAUGAAGAUCAGUACGUUCUAAUUAAUCAGAAAAGGCUCUCUAGCUAGCACUAUGCCUUGUGCGUGAUCUGCGAUUUUGCGAAUAGCUAGCUAGUAAUUGACUCAUCACGAUGGAGAAGUACCAAACCCUAAAAAUCGAUCAGAAAAACCCAAACUCCCCAGUCUUCUACGUCACCCUCAAUCGCCCUAACCACCGCAACGCCCUCUCACGUGACUUCUUCACCGACCUCCCCAAAGCCCUCUCCUCCCUCGACCAGAACCCCGACGCCAACGUCAUCGUCCUCACCGCCGCCGGCGACCACUUCUGCGCCGGAAUCGACCUCUCCAACCUCUCCUCCAUCGCCUCCGACGCCGUCUCCGGUGACCGAGGCCGCGACGGCGAGCGGCUCCGGCGCGCCAUCAAGCUCAUGCAGGACGCCGUCACCGCCAUCGAGCGGUGCCGGAAGCCCGUCAUCGCUGCCAUCCACGGCGCGUGCAUCGGCGGCGGGGUCGAUAUCGUCACCGCCUGUGACGUCAGGUACUGCAGCGAGGACGCGUUCUUCUCGGUCAAAGAGGUUGACCUGGCCAUCACGGCGGAUCUCGGAACGCUGCAGCGGCUGCCAGGGAUAGUCGGGUACGGCCACGCGCUUGAGUUGGCCUUGACGGGUCGGAGGUUCUCGGGUCACGAGGCCAAGGAGCUGGGCCUGGUUUCCGGAGUCUUCGGGUCGAAGCAGGAGCUGGACAGCGGCGUACGACUCGUCGCAGAGGGAAUAGCUGCCAAGUCGCCGCUGGCAGUGACGGGGACGAAAGCGGUGCUGCAGAGGAGCAGGGAUAUGAGCGUGGAGCAGGGAUUGGACUACGUCGCGACGUGGAAUUCGGCAAUGCUGAUAUCCGACGACUUAUCAGAGGCGGUCUCGGCUCACAGGCAAAAAAGGAAGCCGGUUUUUGCCAAGCUCUGAUAUUGCAAAUUGUAUGCGACGCAUCUUCCUCAUGUAUUGUCACUAUUGUGUUUAUAAGCUUUAGCUAAAAAAAUUAUAAUAAUCCGGGACUAACAUAAGGUUUGUGACUUGAAUUUUGUGAUCAUGUAAUAAAUUGCAAGUUUGCAUUUGUAAUAUCGCUGAUAUUGUGCGCCAUUGUAGAAACUUCAGUUGCGAAAAAUGUAGCCAAAACUGUUUUGCUAAUACUAGGGUAUAUGUUGAUCUUGUUACAUGUCUA